GCUUUUGACCGAAAGCUCUGUCGGCGUGCCACUCCUUCCUUCUUCUGUAGCCAAGAGGAACCCGAGCAGCAGCCAAGAUGCCGCCCAAGCAGGACAAGAUUUCCGACGACCCUCGGGUCUACAUCUACGGCGACACCAAGUUGCUGAUGGAGCUCCGCUCCGCGCCUUACGAUCCCAAGAAGAACGUCUGGGUCCCCGACGAUAAGGAAUGCUACAUCGCCGUGGAGGUGAAGGAAGAGAAGGGCGACAAGGUCGUGGUGCAGCUGCCGAAAGGCGCCACCAAGGACUUUCCCAAGGACAAGUUGGUGAUGAUGAACCCCUCCAAGUUCGUCUGCUGCGAGGACAUGGCCAACAUGACCUACCUGAACGACGCCUCUGUGCUGGCGACCCUCAGGGACCGUUAUGCCAAUGGCCUGAUCUACACCUACUCCGGGUUGUUCUGCGUCGUGAUCAACCCCUUCAGGCGCCUCCCUCUCUACACGGAGGAGGUUGUUGGCAUGUACCGUGGCAAGAGGCGUCAGGAAGUGCCGCCUCACUUGUUCUCUGUGGCUGACAAUGCCUACCAGAACAUGUUGAUCGACCACCAGAACCAGUCUAUGUUGAUCACUGGCGAGUCUGGUGCCGGUAAGACUGAGAACACGAAGAAGGUUAUCUCCUACUUCGCCCUGGUCGCUGCUCUGGGAGGCCCCAAGAAGGCCGAAGAAGAGAAGAAGAUCACCCUUGAGGACCAGAUCGUGCAGACCAACCCUGUACUGGAGUCCUUCGGUAACGCCAAGACUGUCAGGAACAACAACUCCUCCCGUUUCGGUAAAUUCAUCAGGAUCCACUUCAACACCAAGGGCAAGUUGGCUGGUGCCGACAUCGAGUCCUAUCUGUUGGAGAAGGUGCGUGUGGUCGAGCAGCUGCCUGGUAUGGAGCGUGGCUACCAUAUCUUCUACCAGCUGCUGUCCAGCGGCCUGAAGGAGGUCACAAAAAUGAUCAUGGUGAACGAAGACGCCCAUGAGUACAAGUUCUUGGAGAAGGGUGAGAAGACCAUCAAGAACGUGGACGACAAGGAGGAAAUGCUGUUGACGGACGAGGCCUUCGACGUGCUGGGCUUCACCCAGGACGAGAAGACCAACAUCUACAAGUUGACUGGUGGUCUUCUGCAUUUCGGCAACAUCAAGUUCAAGUCCAAGCCAAGGGAGGAGCAGGCCGAAUGCGAUGGCACUGAGUCUGCCGACAAGAUGUGCUACCUGUACGGCCUGAACAGCGGUGAGCUGCAGAAGGGUCUGCUCAAGCCCAGGGGCAAGCUGAACGUGGAGAAGGCAAACCGCGCUCUUGAGGAGCAGAUCGCCGAGUCCAACGUCAAGAUCGAGGAGUCCGGCAGGCAGAUCCAGGAACUGACAUCCCUCAAGUCCCGUCUGGAGACCGAGAACUCCGAGAUUGCCCGCCAGCUCGAGGAGUCCGAGAGCCAGUGCAGCCAGCUGGCCCGUGCCAAGAGCAUGCUGAACCAGCAGCUCGAGGAGCUGAAGCGCCAGCUUGAGGAGGAGACCAAGGCCAAGAACCACCUGUCUCACCAGCUGCGUGCUGCCCAGCACGACUGCGAUACUCUGAAGGUUCAGCUGGAAGAGGAGCAGGAAGGCAAGGCUGAGAUCCAGCGUGCCCUGUCCAAGGCCAACACAGAGGUCACUGCCUGGCGUGCCAAGUACGAGUCCGACGCCAUCCAGCGCGCUGAGGAGCUGGAGGAUGCCAAGAAGAAGCUGGCUGCUCGCCUGCAGGAUGCUGAGGAACAGGUGGAGGCCGCCAACGCCAAGUGCAGCUCUCUGGAGAAGGCCAAGAACAGGCUGGCUGGUGAGGUUGAGGACCUCAUGAUCGACGUUGAGCGGGCCAAUGGCGCAGCAGCUCAGCUGGAGAAGAAGCAGCGUUUGGUUGACAAGCAGAUCGCCGAGUGGAAGACCAAGUGCGAGGAGAUUGGUGCUGAGCUGGAGACCUCUACCAAGGAGGCCCGUGCUUAUGCCAACGAGCUGUACAAGCUGAAGGGACAAUACGAGGAGACCCUCGAGGCCCUGGAAAGCCUCAAGAAGGAGAACAAGGCCCUUCAUGAUGAGAUCCACGAGCUGACCGACCAGCUUGGAGAGGGCGGCAAGUCAGUCCAUGAACUCGAGAAGGCCAAGAAGCGCCUGGAGGUAGAGAAGGAGGAACUGCAGACCGCUCUCGAGGAGGCAGAGGGUGCACUGGAAGUUGAGGAGGGCAAGGUCCUGCGUGUCCAGCUCGAGUUGUCUCAGCUCAAGGCUGACAUCGACCGCAGACUGGCCGAGAAGGACGAGGAGUUCGAGAACACACGCAAGAACCACCAGAGGGCGUUGGAUGCCCUGCAGACCACCCUGGACGUUGAGGCCAAGGGCAGGAACGAGGCUGUCAGGGCCAAGAAGAAGCUGGAGGCUGAUGUCAAUGAGGUCGAGGCUGCCCUGGAGAACGCCACCAAGGCCAACAACGAGGCCAGGAAGACCAUCAACAAGCUCCAGAACCAGAUUCAGGAAGUCCAGGCCACAAUCGACGACGAACAGAGGGCACGUGAGGAGGCUCGCGAGCAUCUCGCCAUGUCCGAGCGCCGCUCCAACAUGUUGACGGCUGAGCUCGAAGAGCUCCGCAAUGGCUUGGACCAGGCCGAGAGGGCACGCAAGAUGACCGAGGCCGAGCUUGUGGAGUCUUCUGACCGCGUCGGAGAGCUGUCUGCACAGAACGCAUCUCUGGCUGGCCACAAGAGGAAGCUGGAGGGCGAGAUCGGAACCCUGCAGGCUGAGCUGGACGAGGUUAUGGCUGAGCACAGGCAGACCGAGGAGAAGGCAAAGAAGGCUAUUGGCGAUGCCGCCCGCAUUGCCGAGGACCUGCGCCAGGAACAGGAACACACCGCUCACAUCGAGAAGACCAAGAAGAACCUGGAAGCCUCCAUCAAGGACCUGCAGAGGAGACUGGACGAGGCCGAGGCCGUCGCCAUGAAGGGUGGCAAGCGCCAGCUGCAGAAGCUGGAGGCUAGGGUGCGUGACUUGGAGUCCGAACUCGACACCGAGCAGAGGCGCCACCAGGACACACUGAAGAACCUGAGGAAGAACGAGCGCCGUCUCAAGGAGCUGAGCUUCCAGGCCGACGAGGACCGCAAGAAGGAGGAGCGCAUGCAGGAGAUGGUCGAGAAGCUGCAACUGAAGAUCAAGUCUUACAAGAGACAAGUGGAGGAGGCCGAGGAGCAGGCCAACGUUAACCUGGCCAAGUGGCGCAAGACCCAGCACGAUCUGGAGGAUGCCCAGGAGAGGGCCGAGAUGGCCGAGUCCGCUCUGGGCAAGAUGCGCGCCCAGCACCGCUCUGCUCCAUCCAAGGGAGGGAAGCAGUAAACUGCUGACGGAUAUCUUCAACUACAGUGUAUAGAACAAAUAUAUUGAAAUCGACUUCAGAAACCCAGUAUGCCUCCAUGUAAUUCUCUGUCUUUCUCUUGAGCGAUACUUCCUACUUAGGGGCCCCAACGCACGUACACGUCUAAUGACACAGCAACUAGGUGGGAACGACGCUUACUGAGGUUUUCAAGGAAAAACAUGGAGAGCGACAGUAGACAAUAGUAAAAUUACCGUCAACAAUUCUGAAGAAAACACAACUACGAUGUACUAAGUCGUUAGCGUACAAAUUAUGAACACAAACCUUGCACGAUCGUAACAUGACUGUCUUUGUCUGUCUUUGUUAUACAUGUUAAGUAGGAAUCCAAACCUAAACCACGUGAAUGUCCCGAAAUGUGUAAAAAGAAACAAAGCUGUCGGAAGUAAUUCAGUUGAGAGAACUUUGGGACUGGGAACGGCGAAAUACGGUACCGAAGUGUCCCUAGCUUUAACGCUGAGGGGAAAAUGAGUAUAUAAUUGUAUGUGUAUCUCUUCCGGGACCACUAAGUAGUCUUAGAGAUGCGUUUGGUAAAUGUAUGGUUUGUGACGUGUAUGGUUGCUUCGUUGCACUUGAUACUGAUUAAACUUCUUUGAACAAA